AUGGCCGCCAUCAAACCCCUCACAAAGAUGGCCGCCGGCUGCCGACCAAUCAGCGGCGCCGACCUCACGAAGAUGGCCGCCAUCAAACCCCUCACAAAGAUGGCCACCGGCUGCCGACCAAUCAGCGGCGCCGACCUCACCAAGAUGGCCGCCGGUCCCGCCCCGGGAUCGAGUCUCCGCAUCGACCGCAUGAAAAUGGCGGCGGAGAAGCGGCAGUUGGUGACGUCGCUGCGGACGGAGCUGAGCAAGAACUUCAAGACGGCGAAUGAGCUGAAGAGACACCGGUGGGUGCACACGGGUGAGAAGCCCCAUGGCUGCUCCACCUGCGGCAAGAGCUUUGCCCAGUUGUCGGUGCUGCAGGUGCACUGGCGGGUGCACAGCCGUAAGGGGCCCUUCACCUGCUCCGAUUGCGGCAAAGGCUUCAAGUCGGCACCAGCGCUGAAGAAGCACAGGCGUGUGCACACCGUGGAGCGGCCCUACACCUGCAGAAGAGCAGCAGCCGAGGCGGGGAAAGGAGCCGGGGAACCGGGAGUAGAAAGAGCAGGCGGAGGCAGAGGCGGGGAAAUAGCGGCAGAAUCGGGUGCACGGGCAGGAACAUCUACAAGCACCCUGCUGACGCACCGGCGCACCCACACAGGCGAGCGCCCCUACACAUGCGCCCAGUGCGGUAAGGGCUUCACCCGGUCCAGCAACCUGCUGGAUCAUCAGCGCACCCACACGGGCGAGCGCCCCUACACCUGCGCUCAGUGCGGCAAGGCCUUCACCCAGUCCGGCACCCUGCUGAAGCACCAGCGCACCCACACCGGCGAGCGCCCCUACACAUGCGCACAGUGCGAUAAGUGCUUCACCCGGUCCAGCAACCUGCUGCAACAGCAGCGCACCCACUCCGGCGUGCGCCACUACACCUGCACCCAGUGCGGCAAGGGCUUCAAAUGCUCCUCCAAGCUGCUGUCCCACCAGCAGGUGCACGCCGGGGACCGUCCCUUCCCCAGCCCGGUGAGUGGAGAGCACUUUGCCAUGGCCUCCCAUGCCCUGUCUCACCAGCACGUGCACACCAGUGGCCAGCCCUAUGACUGCCCGUACUGCGGUGAGCAGUUUGACAGCUCGAGGGGGUUACGGCAGCACCGGCGGACCCACGCCGGUGAGCAGCUGCUCCCACUGUGACUAGAGAGCACGGGGGCUGCGGGAGCACCAGCGGAUACACACCGGGAAGAGACCCU